CGCGGGCGCAGACGAGGCGACGCCGCGCCACGACUCCUCUUACGGCACCUUCGCCGGCGAGUUCUACGACCUGCGCUACCUGUCAGAAGAGGGUUACCCUUUCCCUACUGCGCCUCCUGUGGAUCCAUUUGCCAAAAUCAAAGUGGAAGACUGUGGAAAAACCAAGGGAUGCUUUAGAUAUGGCAAACCGGGCUGUAAUGCAGAGACCUGUGACUACUUCCUUAGCUACCGGAUGAUAGGAGCUGAUGUGGAAUUUGAGCUGAGUGCAGACACAGAUGGCUGGGUAGCAGUUGGGUUCUCUUCAGACAAGAAAAUGGGUGGUGAUGACGUUAUGGCCUGUGUCCAUGAUGACAACGGCAGGGUCCGCAUCCAGCACUUUUAUAAUGUAGGCCAGUGGGCAAAAGAGAUCCAGAGAAAUCCGGCCAGAGAUGAAGAAGGGGUUUUUGAGAACAAUCGUGUUACCUGCAGAUUUAAACGCCCUGUGAACGUUCCUAGAGAUGAAACAAUUGUUGAUUUGCAUUUGAGCUGGUAUUAUCUGUUUGCUUGGGGUCCAGCCAUUCAAGGCUCUAUCACUCGCCAUGAUAUAGACUCGCCUCCGGCUUCAGAGCGUGUUGUCAGUAUUUACAAGUACGAAGACAUUUUCAUGCCAUCAGCUGCCUAUCAGACCUUCUCCUCUCCGUUUUGUUUGCUUCUUAUUGUUGCCCUGACCUUCUACUUACUCAUGGGAACCCCUUAACCACAACUGCAAAGCCAACUGAUGAGCAGUCUUUAGGAGAAAACUAUUUUUAAAGAAAAUUCAAUAGAGUUCUGGCGUCUGUGAUUUUUGGUUUUUGGAAAAACAACAAAACUGAAUACGAUUUCAUGUUUUUUUGGAAGAAAGCAAGCUUCUUUU